AUGGGAAAUAAAGGGCUUGGCAGUGGCAAGGGGGGAACUAGACUGACACACCUCCUCUUUGCAGAUGAUUGCAUUAUCUUUGGGAGCGCAAGUUGGAAGGAAUGGAAAAAAGUUAGCUCUAUACUGAAAUUAUGUGAACAAGCUUCGAGGCAAUGCUUGAUCAAGCAAAAAUCCACUAUUAUGUUUAGCUCAAAUGGCAGAAAAGAGGAAUGGGGACAGAUUGCUCAAGAUGUUGGGGCAAGGGUACAAAAUAAUUAUGAGAAAUAUCUAGGCCUACCCACAAUGGUGGGUAGGUCUAAAUACAACACAUUCCGAGGCAUUAAAGAUAAAAUUUGGCUAAAGAUUAAUAACUGGAAAAACCAGUUUUUAUCACCAGCUGAGAAGGAAGUUCUCUUGAAAGCUGUUAUUCAGUCCAUAUCUACUUUCCAUAUGUGUUUUUGCUCUACCAAAGAGGUUAUGCAAGGAGGUAGUAGCCUUAAUGUCAAGGUUUUGGUGGGGCCACAAAAGCAAUGA